AGUCCUCCUCCCACGCCGCCUCUUCCACCUCCGGCCGGCCGACGCCUCCGUUCCGCCGCGAAACUCCCUUCAAAAUUCCUUGAAAUCCCUAAUUUCCCACAAGCAAGUGCAGUGCAGACGACACAUUCGCUCGCGCGCCGCUGCUUCCUCGUUGAUUCUGCCACUUCCCCAAGUCGAUCGAAUCGAUCGAGGCCCAACCAUGGCUGCUUGCCACAUUGUCCCUACAAGAGACAGCAACAUCUUCCGUCUCCGGGUAAGGCUCCCGUCGUCCGAGGAUGCCACCCCUGAACUACUAGAGUUGAGCACGGUCGUUGCUGGAUGCAGAUUCCGUACGUUGUACUGGCCUGCACGCACGAGCCCCAGCGACAAGUUCGGUAUCCGCCCGACUGGCCCCGUUCUGAAAGCCGCUGCCAAGGUGUCCACACACAUGGUUUUGCUCGACAAGACCGGCACACCGGCACCUUCCAUCGGGACUAGGUUUCACGUCGAUGGUAUGUUUGUGUUGUGCGCACCGAGAGAAGAUGUCAAGGCCAACUGUGUUGUGGACAACCACUUCGUGGUGCUCUGCUCUGUGAACAUUGAGCACCAUUCAGAUCCAGCGAUCCCUCCAUGGGCACCUCCGUCUUCAUCAACGGAGAAUGAGCUCCCACAUUUGGCUCAUAAUCUGGCCGUGCUGUGGGGUAAACAAGAACUCACUGACGUUUCCUUCGACGUUGGAGGGGAGAGCCUCGGUGCACAUCGCCUGGUGCUCGCGGCCGCAUCACCAGUCUUUAGAGCGGAGCUGUACGGCCCCAUGGCCGAAAGCAACAUGACAUCUAGCAUCACCAUCCAAGAUAUGGAGGCCUCCACCUUCAGAUCUAUGCUCCAUUUCAUAUACCAUGGUUCAUUACCCGACGCUGGCAAGAUAGCUAUUCCUUCCACUAUCGCAGAAUACCAGCAUCUGCUUGUGGCUGCUGACAGGUACGCGGUGGAGAGGCUAAAGAAGAUCUGUGAGGACAAGCUAUGUGCUGAUGGUAUCACGGUUGACAGUGUGGUUUCAAUGUUGGAGCUGGCAGAGCAGCACGUCUGCUCCAAUCUCAAGGCUAGGUGCUUUAGUUUCCUCGCCGAUGGUGACAAUUUCAAGGUGGUUGCGACAUCUGGUGAGUACCUCCGUUUGAUGCAGAGCUUUCCGAAUCUCUUGGCUGAAGCACGCGAUAGGUUCAAGAUACCACAUGAAAAGCCGACCAUCAUGGACCCUGGUUCUCACAAGAAAACUAGACUAUGUUAGGCAUGAUGACGCGAUGGUGAUACAGAAAUGUAGGGUCGAUGAAUUGUACCCCGGUUGUAUGUCGUUCUUAUGUUCCUGUUUAGCUUGUUCUUUCUAGUAACCUUGUCU